AUGCCUGUACCGGUAUAUACUUCUAGCCCCAUCACUGCCCCCUCCAAGGCAUCAGCAAUCACUCCACAGACAGCGCUUCCCGAGGACAGCGAGCAGAAUGUGAGGCCACAGCCCACGACGACGUCGCCACAGAGCUCAACGGCGUAUCCCCCUGCGCAGCCGGGCGCCAGACCAUCGCUGCCCGUUGAGACAGGAGUCCCCCAGCUGUCCGACAGAUAUAAGCCAACAUCAACAGAUCGAGUCGAUGCAAGCCCUCCGCCUCCUCAACCUGGUGCUAUGCCUUCGCCGCCAGGGAAAAGCAGCCUGCCACCUCCGCCCAAGGCUGGAGAGACGCUACAGCAAUCGCAGGCGCAAACAAUGCCCAUGCCGCCUCAAAUGUCUUACCCGCCUCCAACAACGACUUAUGCCGCUCACGGAGGCACCUCCUCAUCCACAUCCACAGCGUAUUCGCCAAACGUACCGCAGCCAACAUUCUUGCAAGGCAGGGAAACCACCGAGCCCGACUUUUCGCAUCCUCCAGGCUACCAGCAGAAUGCCAAUGCCGCUGAUUUCACACGCGACCAGCGGGAGGCUUACAACGCCUCGGUCAACCAGGACUACUAUGAAGCCAACGAAGAAGACAGCAUCUGGAAUACAGCAAAGAAGUGGGCUGCAGCGGCAGGAGACAGCAUUGCGGCGGCCGAGAAUGAGGUCUGGAAAAGAAUCAACAAGGACUAG